UAAUCUUGACCUUGAAAUUCACAUUAAAGGAAAUGUGUUCAACAAAUCCAGGAAAUUGGGUAACAUUUGAGGAUGAAACCCCAUUCCAUUCUCCACAGAAAGCUUUGAUUUUAUCCAAUGAGAAUAUUUACAGUCCCAAAUCAGGUGGGCUUAGACUGAAUUUUUCCAGUGAAAAGUUAGCAAGAUCCUCUUCAUCAAAUUCCACAACACCUCUUCCAUCUCCAAUGACUGACUUUUUUAUGAGUCCUGGACCUCCAAGCAACUCACCUCUUUGCACACCUAUUAAAGAAUGCCCAAUAACACCAUGUACUCCAAAAUUAGGAUUGUGUAAUGUGCAACCUCCUGCUGAAGCUUCAGGAAAUGUGCCUUUUACUUUGUCAUCUUUGUCAUCUUCGUUAUCAGUAAAUUCAUCUUCAAACACUCCAACAACCUCACAUUUUGAUGAAGCAAGUCCUCCAAAGCACAAAAGUAGUAAUGAAGUAGGAUGCCACUCAGGAAGUAUUCACUGUAACUAUUUGCAAAAGGAUUGUGCAUUUUCAAGUCCAUUUUGGAAUAAUGAUUUCCCAGCCAUUAUUUCUACAAAUGCAAAUAUCAAAGCAGAAAGAGAUGAAAAAGAUAGAAUACCUGCAAAAACAGAACCUGACACAAUAGAAAAGGAAACUUUUAAUAGCCAGAAAAGUCUAAAUCAGUGUUCUUUCAAUUACGUGUGUGAAAGACUUCAAAAUUUAAAGAUUGACCCACCUGACAAUUUGAAACAUCUGCCUCUCUGUACAGAAAAAAACAGUUCAUCAUUUAUUCCACAAAGUCUUUUUAGAAGUCAGAGAAAAGAUGGAUGGCCUUUCAUGUUAAGGAUUCCUGAGAAAAAGAACAUGAUGUCUUCAAGGCAGUGGGGACCUAUUUACUUAAAAGUUAUAAAUGGUGGAAUUCUACAAAUGUAUUAUGAGAAGGGUCUUGAUAAACCAUUCAGAGAAGUACAUCUUAAUCAGUUUUGCAGAGUGUCUGAGUCAAAACUAGAAAACCUAAGUGUUUCAGAUAAAAUACACACAGUUAAAAUUGAGCAGGUUUCAUAUACAGAAAAAAGGAAAUACCACCCAAAGCUUGAAGUUGUCCAUGAAGCUGAAAUUGAACAGAUGUUGAAACUGGGAACAAUGGAUUAUUGUGAUCUUAUUGACUUUAUUACAACAGUAGAAGAGGAAUUAUUGAUGCUAUCACCUGUAUCAAAACCAAAGAAAGCUUAUGAAGAGUCUGAAAUGAUACUGGAAAUCAUAGACAAUUGUUGGGGAAAGGUCACCAAAGAUACCAAACUUAAAGAGAGUUCUGUGAUAUCUCAAUUGUAUUGCCUUUGUUUUACUAACAGUGAUACUGAAUUAUUUUUGACAUUAAAUGAUGCUGAUCUUCAAAAAAUUUCUAAGAACUACUUUGAUAAAGAAAGCAAAAACAACUUGAUUGACAUUCUUGACUAUCAUUUCCAUAAAUGUGUCAAUAAACAAGAAUUUGAAAAGUCAAGGAUAAUUAAAUUCAAGCCAAUCGAUGGCUGUAGGUUUGAACUCAUGCGCUUUAAAACAAAUUUUAGCGCUGAAGAGCUUCCGUUUUCCAUGAAAACUGCUGCAGUAGUCCAGGGAGCAUAUGUGGAGUUACAAGCUUUCCUAAAUAUGUCUCCAAGUGUCAUAGCGUCUCCCUUAAAUUCAGUAAAAUACUGUGAAAAUAUUGCAAUACAUUUCCCAGUUCCUUCACAAUGGAUGAAAGCACUUUGGACUGUGAGUUUUCAGAGGCAGAGAUCUUUGAAAACAAAAAUGAAUAGAAGGGCAUGUCUUGGGUCUACUUAUGAAAUAGAGUCAGAACCUGUAAUACAAGUAACUAUUGGAACCGCAAAGUAUGAGCAUGCGUACAAGGCUGUCGUAUGGAAGAUUGACCGACUUCCUGAUAAAAAUUCUAGUCAUGAUCAGCCGCAUAGUUUGUCCUGUAAACUGGAGCUAGGAUCUGAUCAGGAGAUACCACACAACUGGAACCCGUUUGCUACACUGCAGUAUGUAAUGCCGGCUACAUCUGCCUCCGGAGCAGAAGUGAAAUCAAUGGGAAUUGAGAAUGAUAUUCAGCCUCAUAAACAUGUCACUCAGAAAACAUGUUACAACAUCCAGGUGGAGAUUGAAGUGAAAAGAAUUAAAACUGAAGGAGAUGAUCUUGAGAAGACUGGAGACUGCAUAAUACAGUAGAAGCAGGAAUGAGCUUAUUAAACCAUACACGCAAUGUUCCCUCUAAUUUGUUUUGGAGCUGUGCGGACCUGCUACUGCUCUGAGCAAACAUAUUUUACACGACCUGACAACUGGGAAGAAAGCAGUAGUAGUAUAGUGUCUAUAGAAAAGUUAUAAUCAUUUCCACAUCUAUACUACUCAUUUUAAAUUCAAAGUAAGCGAUAUUGCAUUGUAUUUUUAUUGUGUAUUUGUUAAUUAUUUAAUUAUACUCUAUAUAGUAGUCAUUUAAGGGCAACACAAUUUUACUGUACACUGUCCCUUUAAUGUAUAUAAUAAUAUUACAGCAAAAUCUAGUUAAACACACACAAAAAUAAACAAAAAAUAGGUAUUAAAAGCUUUUCUCUUUCAUUAUCAAAUUUGUUAUGUUGCAAAUGCCCCAAAUGGCAUUUGUUAAGCAGCCUUUAAUCCCAUUAUAGAAAAAUACUUGUUUAAACUAGUAGUCAUCAGGUAUUUCAAAUGUGUAAUUGAGGUCAAUUGUUACAGUUAAAUAUCCUCUCAAAUGUUAUAUUUCACAGCAUAUUACAACUUGAAUUUCUGUUUGACUCAUUUUUACAGAAUGUAAAUUUCAGUAAUCUAAAUAUCUAAAACAUUUACAUCAUAUAGCUCAGGAUUUAGUCAUGUGAAUAUUGCUGUUACUGGGACUCACUCAUGUGAAUGUGUUUGGUUUAAACCAUUAUAUUAAAGAAAUUCAUUAUUUAGAAAGAUUUUAAUUUUCAUUCCUAAUUCUAAAAUAUAUGAAGCAACCCAGCUAGGAAAGGACAAAAGAUGAGGAGAGUUAGAUAGAUUAGUCUUGAAGGGAUACUCAGGCUAGGUUGAAAUGGGGGCAGAAGGAUGAUGCUGAGAUGGGGACCUAUAGGGACUUUGGAUGUUUUGUGUUGAAAGCUGCAGAACAAUUAGUAAGUAGAAGCUUUAUUUAUACAUUGUGAACAAGACAUUAGUUACUUUACUGAGUGAUGUCUUAAUGGAGCUGCCUUUGAGACAGGUUGAAGAGGAUUAAAUAAGGUUUGAAACAAAAGGAAGUAGAGGGAAAAAGGUUAAUCUCUGGAAACCAGGCUGAGGGAUAAUUCCAUUAGGACACAUUUAUUUAGUGUACAUUUCAAGGUAAUUAGGGUAUUCACAGUUAUUAGGGAUAUGUUAUAUUGAUAUAUUGGACAAUUUCAAAUUGCCAGCCCCCCACCAUAACAGCGCUAGUAACCUACUUUUUGCAGGCCUCGCAUCACAUAGCCGCCAGCUCCCUCCUGAUCACUUAUUCCAACUGCAGACUCUUCAGCAGGUUGCUGCCUUACAGCUGCUAAAAGUACAGUCUACUCCAGAAUGUUUAUUGUUUAAAAAGAUAGAUAAUCUCUUUAUUACCCAUUCCCCAGUUUUGCAUAGCCAACACUGUUAUAUUAAUACACAUAUUACCUCUGUGAUUACCUUGCAUCUAAGCCUCUGAAGACUGCCCCCUCAGUGCUUUUGACAGACAUGCAGUUUAGCCAAUCAAUGCAGACUCCUAAAUAACUCCACGGUAGUGAGUACAGUGGUAUCUACAUGACACACAUGAACUAGUACUGUCUAACUGUGAAAAACUUUAAAAAUGCUCUGAGCUAAGAGGCAGUUUUCAACAGUUUUAGAAAUCAGUUUGAGCCUAGCUAUGUUUAGCUUUUCAAAAAUAUCACCAAGGGAACAAAGCAAAUUUGAUGAUAAACGUAAAUUGGAAAGUUGUUUAAAAUUGCAUGCCAUAUCGGAAUACUGAAACUUUAAUUUUGACUAGACUGUCCCUUAACUGCUGUAAUCUACCGGUAUGCCAAUCUGGCCCUGGACAAAAGCAAAGAGUCCUGACCUGUGUCAGCCCUGAUUCCUUUACUGAUGGUGGUCGAGUCCUCCCCUGACUCAUUACAAACUGUAUAAGCAGACCGUUCCACACAGCCUGCUAACUGCAUUGAUCACUGUGGUUUCCUCCUUGGCAUUGCUUCAAACAAUUGCUUGAAGUAACACAGAGAAUGAAAUCACUGUGAUGAGUGCAGUUAGCAGUCUGUGUGGAACGGUUUGCUUCUACAGUUUGUAACGAGUGGGUAGUUGAAAAUAAAGUCGCCAAACUUACCACUGAGUUGCUCCUUCCACCUUCAGUAUAAGCCACAUGUGCAUCCUCAUUUGCCUCUUCAAACAGUACUGUUUUUGGUGCGCUGAUUCUAAAUGUCCCCUGUGAUGUGCGGCCUUAAUGGGCAUGUGCGCGGGGCCUCACAAAUUACUGCGCAGGCGCGGAGCCGCGCUCAUUAGAGGGAACAUUGCAUACAUGUAUAGCUACAAUGUAACACAUUUUACUAAAAUGCCAAUCAUACUGGGGCUUUAUGAACAAUGUAAAGGAAUAUUUAGCUCCAACUGACGCUUACAAAUGUAAUAUUCCAGUGCAUUUGGUAAAACAUUCAGUGAAGAAGCACUGCUAAAAUGAAAUGAAUUAUGUUUAUAGCAUUGCAAAGAAAUAAUAUAUACUUAACUGUAUUGCUAAUACAGGGUCUGUUUUAUCCUUCUGAAUAUCUGAAAAUCUUCAUUAGAUGUUAACGUUUGAGGCCAUUGAAAUCCAUUGAAAAUCAUUUAAAGGGACAGUCUACACCAGAAUUGUUAUUGUUUUAAAAGAUAGAUAAUCCCUUUAUUACCCAUUCCCCAGUUUUGCAUAACUAACACAGUUAUAUUAAUAUACUUUUAACCUCUGUGAUUAUCUUGUAUCUAAGCCUCUGCAAACUGCCCCUUUUUUCAGUUCUUUUGACAGACUUGCAGUCAAGCCAAUCAGUGCCUGCUCCCAGAUAACUUCUCGUGCACAAGCACAGUGUUAUCUAUAUGAAAUACGUGAACUAACACCCUCUAGUGGUGAAAAACUGUUAAAAUGCAAUCUGAAAGAGGUGGGCUUCAAGGUCUAAGAAAUUUGCAUAUGAACCUCCUAGGUUAAGCUUUCAACUAAGAAUACCACGAGAACAAAGCAAAAUUGGUGAUAAAAGUAAAUUGGAAAAUUGUUUCAAAUUACAUGAUCUAUCUGAAUCAUGAAAGUUUAUUUUGGCCUAGACUGUCCCUUUAAAGACCCAGUUACCUCUUUCUAAUAGUUUUUUUUUUUUGCAUGUUUACUGAUCUUGUGUUUAAGAAAUACAUUUUUUUCUAGUUGAUCAUAUUAUAAAUUAUAUAACUUUGUAAUUUGGACUGCCUUAAAGGAGCAGGAAACCCCAAAAUGUUUCUUAAUUUUGACUUUCCUAUCCCUUUAACUAAUUUAAACAGAUGCCCCGCUAGUUGGACUAGAAUGCCAUAUAAAAGGAAGCCAAAAACAUGAGAUAAAUACACAGUUUUCACAUGACAAACCCUAUGUGAUUGGAAUAGGAACCACAGUUUUCAUUUUCUUUUUAUAGGGUCCUAGCAACUGUCUUUGCCAUUAAAAAAAUGAUAGUGCUUUACCUUUGCGUUGUCAUUUGUUGCUAUAACAUAAUGGUUACAAUUCUGGUUAAAAUGAAUACGCAUUUCAUUUAACAUUUAAUAUACAAAUAAACAAUUAUAAUAAAAUGAUAAUGUAAUAAAUGUUAAAGCCACCAAUAAAAUAUAGAGUAAUUCAGAAAA